UGCGAUAUUACCAGAAGUAUACCGAUCAAAUGAAAUGGCGUAUUUUGUUUCUCAAAAAGUUAUUGAAAGUGAAACUUACCUGCAUUUUGAAAAUUGAUCGAGAUUAUUGGCAUUCUUAUUAUUGUUAAACAUUGACGAUGUCAUGGACUUUUGGAAACUGGCAGGACUUCUUGAAAAAGAAGGCCUGUCGUUACAUUUUACAACAUUAUUUGGGACAGUUUUUGAAACAAAAACUAUCGUUAGACCAGUUAAGCCUAGACCUUUAUAAUGGGACAGGGAAAAUUACAGACUUAAAUCUUGAUGUACAGGCUAUUAAUGAAGACCUGGCAUCUUUAAGCGUGCCAGUAGAGUUGGUGGAUGGUUUUGUUGAAGCUAUAACAGUGUCCAUUCCCUGGUCUGCUCUUAUACAAGAUAGUACAACCUUGGAGGUGACUGGGCUUGAACUUACACUCCAGCCAAAAAGCAGGGAUGAUAAUGAAAUGACAGGGUUUGAUGAAAUGUUAAGUAGUAUGCAGACUAGUAUGACAACAAGUUUACAGCUGGCCAAAGAUUGCCUCGAGUCUGAGACACAGUCACAACAAAAAACUGAGCCUAUAGAGGGUGUACAGAAGUUUGCUAUGAUGAUUGACUCAGUGUUGUCAAAGAUUCGUGUGUCACUGAGUAACACUGUGAUUAGGUUAGAACAUCACCCUGAUAGAUCUGAAAAAGGUGUUGCCAUGGAAAUCAGGAUAAAAAGGAUAGAGUAUUUUGAUGAUAUGGCUACAACAGAGGGAAGUUCAGUUGAUGGCAAUAUAACAUAUGAACCAGCUGCUAUAAGUCAGAAGAAUCUACACAUUGAAGGAGUACAGAUGUUCUUUGAUGAAAUCACAAAUAGAAAAUCUCCAUCCAGGUCCAGAAGUAGUAGUUCUGAGAGUUCUUCUUCACAGAUGUUUACAUCAGCAAGAAGCACAUCAUCUACAUACAGUGUGUAUGACUCUAGAGAGAAUUCCCCUCCCAAGCACCAGAACUCCAUUCCAGAGUCCAACCCAAUACAGGUGGCAGUUUUGACAGGAAGGCAAGAAAUCAAGCUAAAAACUAAACAGAACGACACAUUACAUGGACCUAAGCUGGAGAUUUUAUGUCAGUUUGGAGGGUUACACAUUCUGUUAUCACCACAGCAACUACAUGGAAUAAUUGAGCUGACAUCUGGUCUAACAUCUCCAGGUGUUGGAGGAAGUGGUAAAUCACAUCGAUCCAGUAUCCGCAACAAGCCAAUGGACCGGGUAGAUUUUGAGAAAGUUGAGGUGGACUUACAGCAUCAACUACAGUCUGGCAGAAUUCAGAGCAACAAUCUCGCUCAGAUGCAGGACUAUGCUCUACAAGAUGAUGAUGAUCAGUUUUUCUCCUUGUUGUCUAACCAACCUGCUGGUACCAGUGAUAUGGACUCAUCUUACUCUAGUAACUAUAGCAACACUACCAAUAGAACUACCAGCUCCAUACCAUCAUCUACCAACUUACCAAGAGGCACUUCAAGAACACACAGAGAUGGUUUUUCCACGGCAAAGUAUCAUGAAGAUCCGUCGGCAGAGUUGAGCCACUACUACCUGCGUGUAGGUUUUUUCUCUGUGACUGUUCUACAUAAUAACAUGUCAUCCACAGCUGAUAAAACAGUGCUUGAAGUUACGAAAGAAAUGUCAUCACAGUUUUUCCAGAGAGUCGGUGGGGUGUCUGCAGCGGGUAUGACAGAGUUGAAGGAGGUUAGAAAACAGAUGACCAGUCUUGUUUCUUAUGACCAUCUAAGGUUAUUAGGUAGACCACUGACUGUAGAAUGUACCCAGAAAUCAGCAUUAAAACAGAUUAGUACAACAUUAAAUGUUACAUUAGGUAUAGGAGAACUUGUAGAGGCAUUAUAUAACAAGAGGUCACAGUCCAGUGAACCAAAAUACAGUGAGAUUUUGACAUUUUUCCGAGAUGGUUCAGAAGUUAAGAAGGUACCCAUGUAUAGCAGUAUGCAGGGAGGCAGUCCCUCCUUUAACAUGCAAGUUAAAACUGUCUCAAGAAAUAAGCGAUCUUCUCGGCCCGGGUACAUGCCAGAGACAGAUAUAAGUGUGACAUUGGGUCAGGUACAGAUAGAGCUUGAUGUUACACUAGUAGAUAGAAUCAACACAAUAAUCACCCCUGAAAAAAUAGUGACAGAUUCUCCCUUAGCUGGAGCUUCGUUAUAUCAUACUGUAGGGACUGAUUAUAGUUUAACCCAGACUCUAGAUGAAGGAAGUGCUACUGAGGAUCAGAGGUUUAUCAUAGAGGUAACCAGCUCUCUUGCCAAGAUCAACAUAAGGUUUCCUAUCCCAGAUCUUCGUCAAGAACCUCAUGUAGACAAGUCUUGGUAUCAGCGUAACCUUAGAGAUGAUAUUUUAGUUGUAGAUCUAGAGACUGCUGUAGUAAGAACAGCUUUUGUUACCAGUCAACCCUUGGAGCAAGUUCAAAUCUCAGCCUCAGAUAUCCAUGGUUAUUACAAACAAACUGGUACAGAUGAGUGUCAACAUUUUGCUCAUGUAAGUGGGGAAGGUGGAGAGGAUGGGUUUAACAAUCCUACAAUCACUGUCAAGUUCUGUAACACUACAACAUCAGUGCUAGAGGAGGAGAUCUACAUGGAUGAUACAAUACCACUAGACUCCCUGAACGGAGCAUGCCAGUUUGCCAGGAGUGAACCUUCCCCGUUCUCAUCACGGCGUAACAUGCAUGACACCGAUCAACAGGAGUCAAUGGAAAAAACAGAACAGAUGGUGCUACCAGCAGAUAGGGAUGAACUUAAUGAGUUCAUACAGAAGUCUGUCAACAACACAAAGAUGGUUGUAGAAAUAGUACUUCCAAACCUUGUUGCUUUCUUGCCAAACCAACAAUUCUUUGAAAUCCUCUACAACAGGUUAAACAAUGAUAUGUUGCUAUGGGAACCAAGUGCUCCAGCCCCAGUAACAGUACAACGUGAUCAUUAUAUGAUGACUAACACUGUAGAUGUUAAUGUUUAUAGUCCACUGCAUACAGGUGAACAUUUCUCAAUGGCAAAAUCUGGUAUACAAAUAGAAUCUGACUCUGAUGAUGAUGAGAGUAUAAAUCACUACAGUAUACAUGACAGUCGAUAUUCACGACGGAAACGUCCCCCAAGACAACAACAGAGUAAACUGUGCCUUAAUCUAAACAUUGGGAAAGGAAGAUUGACAGCAUUCACAGAUAGCAAGGAUACAAAUGGUUGUAUACAGCAGGAUUCACAUGGUGAAGUGUUGGUACAGAUAUCAGAUCUUCUCCUGUUUACUGUUUCUGCUCACAAUGGUGAUCCUAACAUUCAGUUUGUCAAUGUCCUUGUCAACAGAGCUGACCUCUAUCAUAGUGCUUGUGUAUCAAACACAGAGAUGCUGCCAUUGAUAGAGUGUGGUGAGUUAACCGCACCUGUACCUCCACAUCUUCAACACAACCAUGUCAUCUACCGGUCCGAGCCUGGUGUACUUGUCAACACUAGAGAAGAUAUAGGAACCGGUACUGAUUCACAAGAUAUGGUAUCAGUGGCUCUUAAAAUCAAACUAGACACUUUAACAUCAAAGAAAGACUUAACAGCUGAUGAAAUUGUUAAGGAAUUUCUGGUGUCCGUGGGUGUGAAAGGAGCAACAAUGAGACAUAAGAUGUCUCCACCAUACUGUAAUGUUUUUGUUCAGAUGAUGGAUUUUCUGGAUGUAAAAGAUUAUCCUAUACUAGGAUAUGUAGAUCCUAAAGUUCUUACAGAACUUCAUGUGCAUUUGUGGACAUGUGCAAUAGACUAUAGACCUAGUUUUCUUCCCAUACGAUCUGUGAUAUUAGCUGAUUCAUUUUCCAUAUCCAGUAACAUUGUUACUGAGUCUUCCAUUUCAUUGUUAAGGUUUGUGUUGGAUGAUGGGGCCUUGUAUAUAUCAAAGAAAAUUAAAAGUCAAAGAACAAAUUUGAGGAAAGAUUAUGUAUGUGUGGCAGACAUAGGGAGACUGGAACUCUUGUUACGUUCAAACACAAGCAAUGACCCACAUUAUCCAAAAACUGACUUACGAGUAUCAUCAAAUCUUGUAAACAUUAGAACAUGUGCAGAUUCUUGUCUGGCGUUGAUAGAACUCAUUAAAUAUGUUGCUAAUGAUGGUGACCUACAUCCUCCAGUCCAACCUGGUACAGACACCCGCAGAGACACAGAAUUAGAUAAUAGUACUAAUACAGAAGAUGAUGAAGAUGAAGGUGAUACUGAGGAUACAUCUCUAACACAAUCCAGCAUGGAUCAUGUACAUAAUCUGAUGUCAGAGGCCAUGAUAGAGUCCUCACCUAACAGUACUCAAUCAUCUAAGGAAGCAUCUCCUGAUAUCUCCAGCACAGAUAUUAAACAGACGGAAGUUUUCUUUGUUGCUAAUAGUGACCCUAGUGCUCCAGGUUCACUCACACUCCGUGAUCCCAUCGUUAUAACUCAAAAUAUAGAUGCCUCUGUUACAAGCAGUACAAUGUCUGCUGGUUUAACUGGGUCAUACAGUGAUGAUGAGGAGGAUAGUGAUGAUUUCUGUAUGAUUGAUGAUACAGCCUGGGCCACAAGUACUAAUGAUGGAGAGCCUUCAAUCAGAGUACUAGUAAAUGCUCCUGUAGAAAUCAAAGAUAACUAUUUCUCAAAACCUUUUGGUCGGACAGACCUGUUGAAAGCACCAGAGAACUUCCCGCAGGCUGUGUGUAGGUACGCACUGAAGGAGUUGACCCUUGUCUGGUAUAUAUAUGGUGGUUCAGACCUCAUUGAUGUGGAUAAAGUAACAUCAGAUAGGGCAGAUAUAAAUUACAGGGAAGGUAUGAGUGUAUCAUUCCACAAAGGUUCACCAGGAGAUAGAUGGUCAGGUCAUGCUGGUGGUAGGGAGGUUUCACUUAUACCAAGGGAAACAUUACUGAAUAAAGGGGGACCAGGUAGAAACCAUUGUCAGUGCAUGGAGCUGCAAUUAUCUAAAGUACGUUUCCAACACGAGGAGUAUCCACACAACACGACACAGGCCUCAAGACAAGUGCUGCUGAUAAGUGAUAUAGAAAUUAGGGAUCGUAUAAAGUCAUCUAAAAUGAACAAAUUUCUCUACCAGUACUCAUCUGAUGAUAUGCCCAGACAGACAUAUGCUAACAUGGUUCAGAUAAAGGCAAUACAUAGCAGACCUGAUAAAACAGUACCAGAAGAAGAAUGUGCCCUCAAAGUUUCAUUACAACCAAUCAGACUUAAUGUAGAUCAGGAUACAGUAUUUUUCCUGAAGUCUUUCUUCACGGAGCUGGCAGGUGGUGAGGAUGAGAUCUCUACAACCACAGAAUCAAAACCAGCCCCACCCCAUCAUAGUAACACUGCCCCACCCCCACCAGUAAUGACAGUCAAUAAAGAUGAUCAGAAAGAUGCUAGUCCAGAACCACAGGAUCUUCUCAUGCAGUUUAAUGAACUUACCAGUGAUCUACAGGCGAGUUUUAAGAGCAGUUUAGGAACCAGCUCUAUCAGUGAUGACAUAAGGCUAGGAUCCAUGAAGAGUAGUGCAUCAAGUGUGGCAACCAUUACAUCAGAAACUGCCAGAUCAUCUCAACCUGUAUUCUUCAAAUCAUUUGUAUUUUCACCAGAUGUCCCCAUUAGGUUAGAUUACCAUGGAAAGUUUGAUAGAGAGCAUGGAGCGCUAGCUGGACUAGGAGGUCUUGUGUCAUUGAACAGAUCUGAACUGAGGCUGAAAAGUCUGACUUACAAACAAGGGUUGUUGGGUUCUGACAAGGUUGUGUGGUUUUGUUUAAAUGAGUGGUUGACAGACAUCAAAGUAAAUCAACUUCCUACAAUUCUAGGUGGAUUGGGACCAAUGCAUUCUAUUGUGCAGCUAGCUCAUGGAGUGAAGGAUUUAUUUUGGUUACCCGUGGAACAAUAUCGUAAAGAUGGUCGUAUAAUCAGGGGUCUACAGAGGGGAGCUACAUCAUUCUCUAUGUCUACAGCAAUGUCUGUGUUAGAACUUACCAAUAGAGUUGUCCAGGGUGUACAGUGGUGUGCUGAGCAGACAUUUGAUAUUGUAUCACCUGGACCAAGAAGGCGGGGUUUCUAUCCUAGACAACCAUCUGACAUCCGAGAGGGCGUGUCUAAUGCGUACAUAGUACUUCGUGAAGGAUUUUCAGACUCGGCUAAUGCGAUGGUGGAAGUAGCUACAAAAGAACAUGAAACUAAAGGUGUAAUGGGAGCAGUGGGAGGAGUUUUGAGACAAAUCCCUCCUACCUUAGUUCAGCCCCUGAUCACUGUUCCAGAGGCUGCAUCAAAUCUGAUUGGGGGAAUUAGAAGUCAUCUGAAACCUGAUGUGAAGAAAGAAGAUGAAGAUAAAUGGAAGGAGGAAAUUAUUGACUGAACAUGUGAAGAAUUUUGAUGAAAGUGUCUCAUAGGUUGACUAAGUACUUCAGUGAUAGCUGAACUUCCUUAUCAGAGAAGUAAACAGUGCAUGGAAAGAACCUUUCAUAAGGCUGACAGACAGUAAUGGUCUUAUCUUUCAAAUAGUUCGGGAUACAGAGAAGUAAAAUGUUUGUCAGUUUGUAUCAUUCCACAAGGGUUGAUACAUUUGUAGUUCAGUUAAGAUGAAACAGUAUUGGGACAGUUUGAACUUUUUCAUUUCUUUCAGUGCAUUUCAGUAGGAAAAGAUUGUGAUGGAAUAAGUUUCCAUGAAGAUUUUUAUAUUUCUAUUCACUGAAAAUAUGAGUUAAAACAAGUGUUGUUUGGUUGAAAAAGAUUUUUAUUCUGGUGCUGAAUUUAUAGGAAAAUGUUGUAAGUACUUGAGUGAUUUUCCAGCUAGCUUGUUUGACAUGAGUAAGUUGACAUGAAUAUUAAAACUUGGCUUGUUCUAUUACUAGGGAUGCAGGUCUUUGAAGAUUGGUAGCUACUUCUUACAGAGUGUAAUUAUUGCUGUCUAUUAGUGUUGUAUGGUUCUUGCUGAUAAUAAGUACCAUUAUGUAUUAAUGUAAAUUAUUUCACGUUACUUAUUUUGUUGAUGUUACUAUAUUUAACCAGGCUAUAAUUGUGCUCUUCUUUAUAAUCCUAGUCAUUAACUUCACCUCAUAUUGCCCUUUUUUGUUGCCCUUUGAUUGUUAAGUUUGCUUAAAUGUUUCUGUUCAUUAAUAUAUAGCUAAAGAAUUGAAUCCGGGUAUGACUUACUGCCAAUUUGUUGAUAUAUUGAAAUUAAUCCAUAACCUCCUAAAUUUCUGUAAUGAACUUUCCCAGCUCCCAUAUUUGUAACUGUCCAUUAUAAAUUUUCGGGAUAUCCUGAUGAAAACAUUGAAAGUUAGCCAACAGUAAGAGAAUGGUCUGACUAUAUAAACAUACAUGCCAUAAUGUCCCGGACAUCGGGGAUUGUCCCAGAUGUCAGGUGAUUGCCAUGGAGGCAUCCAGGAGAUAAUUAAUGUCCCGGUACAAAUCAAAAUCUGAAAUAAUCUCCUUUGCAGCAAGAAAUAUCAUAAAGCUGGUCUUGCUGUAAACUGGUGGUAAAGGUCAAUCACUUUCUGUUCUAGCUGGAGGAAAGUUGAAUACCAGUAGCUUGAUUAAUUUGACAUUCCCAGUAACUUUAUUAAUUACAAAGAAAGGAGAUUUUAGCCUUUUAAGAAAGAUUUUUUGACGGCAGUCAUGUUGGAACAUAAUGGGAAUUUCAUGUGUCACAAAGUUUUGAUUUGAUUAUACAUUUACGAAGUUUUUUUACCUGUACCCUGCUGAAUUUGUUUCCUAGCCUUGUGCUGCUGUAAUUUUGUCUUCUGUUAUUUUAAGGGAUAUUAACCAGUGGUACAUGUAUUUAGUUUGGCCUCUAUACUGGAGUCUUAGUUAUGUCAAUAAUCUUUUAGGAUUGAAAAAAUAAAACAAUGAAAUCUUUGAUUUAAAACCUGAUAUUAUAGACAUUAGAGUUACCUGAAGUUGUUUUUAUACAGUUUAGCUAUAUUUAAUAUUUGUGGGUUCAUAGAAUAGCUUUAAUGAAGCAGUAAAACUUGUUCUACUGUGAUAAAAUACAUGAUGUAUUAUAUCAAAAUUUAGUGAUAACUUACAACUGUAAAUUUGAAUAAUUAUAGUAAAUGUUUUGCACAUUUCUGUAAAAUCAACUGAUAAACUUAGUCAAAAUUAGAUUUUACUAAUUGUCUUAUGAUUAAAAUUCUAAUGGAACAAACAAAUCAAGGCAGAGUAAACAAAAUCUGUAUUAUAAAUUAUAUUUGCGACAUAACUACAUGAAAAUUAUAUAUCUCUAUGUCAUGGCAUCUGAGAUAAAACUGUACUUAGACAGAUACUGGUCAGUGUAAUACUGUAGGUCCUAUAUGUAUUGAUUCUUUAUUUAAAAUGUCAUUAUCACAUAUAUGUUACUAUUAUCAAUUUCACAGUUAUUGUAACCUAUUAUUGAUUAUUUUCUCUGUCAUUAUAACUGUAGACAUCAGUGUAAUGUCUUAAACAUUGUUUAAUGUUUAUUUAAUGCUUUGUGUUUAUUCUUUUGAUCUAAUAAGGUUUUAUUGUGUAUUGUAAACAUCCAAUUUGUAUAUUAACUUAAGUAGAUUAUAUCAGCUUAAGUGGUAAUUAUAUGUGUAAACAGCCAGGGCUUUCAUGUUUAUAUCAUGUAAAUAAACAAAUUAUUUUACCUGUAUGUAGACAUUGUGAUGUAUUUUACCAGUGUGAUUUUAAUGUUUUUAAUGUAAAUAUUAUCUCCGAAUGUCAUGUUUUGGGUCACAGUGUUAUACUAGGUUGUAUAUGGCAGCUGUGUUAUAACUGGACACUUGCUGUACAUCAUUGUUCCCCUUUAAUCCCUCUCAACCAAACUGAUUUUUUAUGUGAACCACCCAUUUUAAGUUACUGACUGUAAUUUGAAGGUUUUCCAUUGCCAGUAUGAAGGAUUUCAGUAUAUAAAUGUUAUAAUGAAGCAUCAGGAGUAUAGAGACUGGUCAGCUUGUACAGACGAGUAAGCAAGCCUGUCUCUAUAAUAAUAUCUGUCAUUAUUUAUACAAGUUCUUGCACACAUAAACUAUCCUUCCAAUAUUUGUCUUUUAUCAAUUAGCAGGCUUAAUAUUGGAGAAUUAACAACUUGUGUAUGUGAUUUUAUAACCCCCUUCCCUGUUGUAAGUACAUGUAUAAAAUUGGCAGAAAAACAGUUCUGGCCUCAAAGUUGUAUAACUUAUAAUAUAAUUUACUGAGCUUAGUCUCGAUUCUUGGUACUUCCAUUGGUCUGUGCAGAGAUGUAGCUAAAUGUUAUUUAUGUAUCUAAUGUUAUUUA